AUGGCGGCCGACCAGAAGCAGACGCAGAUGCCAAUGCCGCCAGCACCGGCCAAGGCCAGCGGCGGCAGCAAAGACUACAAGGGCUUCGUCGGCGGCGUCUUCAGCGGCAUCGCGAAGCUAAGUGUCGGCCACCCCUUCGACACGAUCAAAGUGCGCCUCCAAACCACCGACCCCUCGCGCUUCGCCGGGCCCCUGCAAUGCCUGCUCCAAACCGUGCGCAACGAGGGCGUCCGGGGUCUAUACAAGGGCGCGAGCCCGCCGCUCGUGGGCUGGGUGUUCAUGGACUCGCUGAUGCUGGGCACGCUGACCAUCUACCGGCGUCUGCUAGCCGAACACGUCUUCGUGAAACACCCGCCCGCGCACCCGUCCGAACCCAAUCCCGCGACCGAGGGCCCCAUCGCCGCGACCUCGCACGCCGCCGCGCACCUCCCCUCGUUCGGCCACGGCCUCGCCGGCGUCAUGGCCGGCGCCACCGUCAGCUUCAUCGCCGCCCCCGUCGAGCACGUCAAGGCGCGCCUGCAGAUCCAGUACUCGGCGCUUAAGGCCGAUCGCCUGUACUCGGGCCCUUUAGAUUGUGUGCGCAAGAUCUACGGCGCGCACGGGAUACGAGGGGUGUACAAGGGGCUGGCCGCCACGCUGCUGUUCAGGUCGUUCUUCUUCUUCUGGUGGGGGUCGUACGACGUCUUCACGCGCCUGCUGCGCGACAGGACGUCGCUGAGCGCCCCGGCCAUCAACUUCUGGGCUGGCGGCGUGAGCGCCCAGGUCUUCUGGCUGACGAGCUAUCCGAGCGACGUUGUCAAGCAGCGCAUCAUGACCGAUCCGAUGGGCGGCGAGUUGAAGGAUGGGACGCCGAGGUUUCGGAGCUGGGGCCAGGCUGCAAAAGCUGUGUAUAGGGAGGCUGGUAUAAAGGGAUACUGGAGAGGAUUUGUGCCUUGCUUUUUGAGAGCAUUUCCGGCGAAUGCGAUGGCGCUUGUAGCAUUUGAGGGCGUUAUGAGGGCUUUGCCUUGA